CGGACGGGAGGAGAGGGGUGACCCGAUAAGGUUGCACGGAGCUCUCUGGCUCUCUGCGACUCUGCCUCGUCGCCACCCCCGCGCACCGCACGUAGCCAAGCCAGCCAGUCAAGCCACCCUCUCUCUUCCCCCCCUCCUCACAGCCAGCCGGACCGGCCACCGCAUGGCCUCGUCCUGCCUCGCCUCGCCGGCCGGCGCCGCGCUCUGCCGCCCGCGGCGGCCGAGGCGCCGCGUGGCGUGCUCGGCGGCGGGCGCUGGCGGGGAUGGGGAUGGCGGGCGCGCCGAGACGGCGUGGUUCUUGACCGGACACAGGACCGCCGGCGGCCUCGCCUGCGGAGUGCUGGCCGCUUGGGCCGUCGCGUCCGCGCCCAACCCGGUCAUUGCCGCGAGCCAGAGGUUGCCUCCACUCUCAACGGAGGCAAACAGAUGUGAGCGUGCAUUUGUGGGGAACACAAUUGGUCAGGCAAACGGGGUGUAUGACAAGCCUCUCGAUCUCCGGUUUUGUGAUUACACAAACGAGAAAACUAAUCUGAAAGGCAAGUCUCUAGCUGCGGCCUUGAUGUCCGACGCAAAGUUUGACGGCGCUGACAUGUCAGAAGUUGUCAUGUCCAAAGCUUAUGCUGUUGGUGCAAGCUUUAAAGGAACCGACUUCACCAACGCAGUGAUAGACCGUGUCAAUUUCGAGAAGGCCGAUCUCACAGGGGCAAUCUUCAAGAACACGGUGUUGUCAGGAUCAACCUUCAAUGAUGCUAAGAUGGGAGAUGUGGUGUUUGAGGACACAAUCAUCGGCUACAUUGACCUUCAGAAGCUAUGCACAAACACCAGUAUCAGCGCAGAAUCGAGAUUAGAGCUGGGUUGUAGGUGAUUCAACAGAGUUCAUCUAUUCAUGAUUGUUCAUGUUAAUGUCAAUAUCGUUCGGUAAGUGUUCAUUCCAGUCUAUAGAGCCAACAUGACCAUAUGACAAUAUGCGACGAUUUUCUCCGUAUCUCUGUACAAACCUCUAUAUCUCGAAUAUCAGCGGGAAUGUAACCAUACUUCUGUACUCUUUGCCAAACGCCACAUACAUAAAAAGGAAGCACUAUAUGCCUUCCCCAUA